GCGCUGAUCACGUGACUGAAGGCGGAAGUUUUAUUUUAAACAGCUUGACCUCAGAAGCAUGAGAAAGACAUGCUUGUAGGAUUUUUGUUUUAUUCUACCUUCCUAAAGGCGAAUAGCAUCCGUUGCUUGUUAUGGAUAAUAAUUUGUUGCAGUGGAAAAGCCGAGGCCAGUCUUUCCUCAGCCGAUUGAGGACUUGGUUUAAUCUCCUGGAUGCAACCCUGCUGCUCUCCUCUGAUGCUGAAAUACUUAAAGCUCAUGCUCUGCUUGGAAGUAAAGAAAGGCUAAAUGAGAAGGAUGAGGCUGCAGUGACCCUCUCACUUUCUUCCUUUCACCCGGAUUCUGGUGCUGCUCUUCCACUUAUUUUCCGCCCUCCAGCAUAUUUUCCAAUAUCAGGACCUCUGGUCGUUGCGAGUCUUUUACCUCACAGCGCCGUCAAACCGGCUCUGUUUUGGCAGUUUUUGCUUCAGAGUUACAAUGCUGGGUUCAACCACAUGAACAGGAAUACUUCAGCGGAGGAGGUGAAGAAGACCUCUUUGAAGCAUCUUCUGCUCAUCGCAGGAACAGUUUCCUACACAACAUCUGUGGGGGCCCUUCCUCAGAUUUUAAUCAACAGACUCCGUGUGAGAAGCCCCCCGCUGCAGAUGUUCUUCAGGUCAAUACUAACCAUCCCACUGUCAGCUGCUCUGGCCUUCUUCAGCGUCCUCACCAUCAGAACCGAGGAGACCGAAAUGGGGAUCCAAGUGUUCGAUUAUAAUGGAAACCCUGUUGGUAUCUCCAAAGCAGCAGGAGAAAAGGCUGUGUGGGAAACCGGGCUGUCGAGGGCAGUGCUGUUUGGGAUGACCACUGCUGUUCCUAAUCUGCUGGUUUUGCUCCUACAAAGAACAAGAUUUUUCCAGAUCAACUCUCUGCUGGUGGCUCCGUGCCGCCACUUAAGCAUCGCGCUUGUCUUCUGGUUGAUGAUUCCCGUCUCAUUCAGCUUCUUCUCACAAGUGGGAACGGUGAGAUAAAACGCGAGAGCGUGGAGGAGGAACUGCUGGCCGGAGCGUUCGGUGAGGAGCUGUACUACCACAGAGGUCUCUGAGAAGCAGCUGGAUGGCAUCACUUUACCCAGAAACAUCAAGAAGCUGGAAACGUCUCAUUAUAUGAAAGUUUUAACUUAUUAAACAAACUCAUUUUGAUAUUAACUUUA